AUGCUCUCCUCAACCACCCGCCUCCUUCUCCUCCGACGCAGCCUGGCCGUUACAGCAGCGACAGCGCAAACAAGAAACCACACUGCGGUGUCGGGCUACGGCGACCCCGAGCAAACCGGCUUCGGCGUGGACCUCGAGGGACAAUCGCGCGCGACCUCUGAGGCCGAGCACCCAGGGCGCGAGCCUGUCAAGGAAGGGCGCGGCACGGGCACUGGCGGGUACGACGAGACGGGAGGGAAGCCCGACGGCGAGACGCACGCUGCGGCGUCGGCGGGUGGCGAUGGGAAGGGCGACAAGCACCACCACCCGCAGCCGAAGAUUCUCGACGAUUCCCAGACUAAGGCGAAAGAGUCUGAGGGGACAAAGAAGCACAAUCGAGAGAUGGAUCAGAGGUACGACCACGAGAAGGACGGGAAGAACGAUAAGGUCGAUAAGGGGUUCUGGAAAGGUACGGGCGGAGGCCGUGAGAGGGGUCCGUGA